AUGGCCUCCCGCAGCGCGGGCACCCUGCUUACCGAAUUCAAUGCCGCCUACGUGCCCCCCGGCCUCAUGCCCGGGUACCAAGGCCAUGUUCCCGGUGUGGCCUUCUCCUUUGGUGCCCCGUACGGCACCGCCACCCUCAAGUACUUCCAGGACCAACGCAAUGCAGCCCUGGAGAAGAGCCACACUCCCUUCAGCAGAGGCGGCCACUUCCCCACCAUCUUCUCCCCGAACCCCAACCUCGUGCUGAGUAACCGUGCCCACACCCGGGACCGCUGGCUGCACACCCCCAGCUACACCCGCUUCAACCUGGACAGUGACCGCUCCACCGAGCUCUCGCGGUUCUACCAGAUGGCACAGCAGCAUCGAAACUACUAUCGAGACAAGACGGGUGUGGUGCCCCGGGUCCCCUACUUCGUGUUGCCUGUGAGGGAGUGGGCACGGUACCCCAUCCCCACCGACCUGCCUCCUCUGAGCUUGAAGAACAAGUGGCACCUUUUAAGAGUCUCCCCUGAGAACCUGAAGACCUACCAGAUGUUCCCAUCGGGGAAGAGGGUCUCCCCACAGGAGCGGCAGAAGAGAGACUGCUACUUUGAGUUCAGAGCAUGA